UUUUCCAUUGACAACUACAUAUUUUAAAUUAAUGAUGUUAAUAUAAUUCUAUUUUCUUUCUUGUGCGGAGUUUCAAAAUGUUUUAUCUUGUUCUAAUCUUCUUGCAUUGACAUAUUUAUUUUCCUUCUCUUGCUUGUUCUUCUUCCCUUCUCUGUUACUACCUCCCUUUUGUUAGCUGCAGGUAAGCAAGUUUCCUCUCUUUGUUAUGAAUUUUGGCAACAGGGAAUUAUAUGAACACAAACACAAAGGAUGUGUGAUAAAAGGGAAAGAUAGAGGAACUAAAUACCAGAAAGAGAGGCUGAGCAAGAGGGAAGAUUGUUUGGUGUUUGAUUGCAAAAUCUGUUUUUCUUUUUCUUUUUCUAUUUUUUUUUUUCAGGUUAGAAAAGGUUGGAUUCAAAUGGGAAAUCUAUUAUGUUGUGUACAAGUUAACCAAUCCACAGUUGCCAUCAAAGAGAGAUUUGGCAGGUUUGAUGAAGUACUUGAACCAGGAUGCCACUGUCUGCCUUGGUGCCUAGGAAGUCAGCUGGCUGGCCAUCUCUCACUCAGGUUGCAGCAAUUGGACGUGCGUUGUGAAACCAAGACAAAGGACAAUGUGUUUGUCAAUGUUGAGGCAUCUGUUCAAUACCAGGCCCUGGCUGAUAAGGCCAGUGAUGCUUUCUACAAACUUAGCAACCCAAGAGCCCAGAUUCAGGCUUAUGUUUUUGAUGUGAUCAGAGCAAGUGUUCCCAAGCUGGACUUGGAUGAUGUUUUCGAGCAAAAGAAGGAAAUUGCAAAAGCUGUUGAAGAUGAACUUGAAAAGGCCAUGUCCGCGUAUGGGUAUGAAAUUGUUCAGACACUCAUUGUCGAUAUAGAACCAGACGACCAUGUCAAACGUGCAAUGAAUGAAAUUAAUGCUGCUGCAAGGCUGAGAGUAGCAGCAAACGAGAAAGCGGAAGCAGAGAAAAUUAUACAGAUAAAGAGAGCAGAAGGUGAGGCUGAGUCCAAGUAUCUCUCAGGAGUAGGUAUUGCCAGGCAGCGCCAAGCAAUUGUCGAUGGUUUAAGAGAUAGUGUGCUAGGAUUCUCAGAAAAUGUGCCUGGAACCACUGCUAAGGAUGUUCUUGACAUAGUCCUCAUCACCCAGUACUUUGACACCAUGAAGGAAAUUGGAGCUUCUUCUAAAUCUUCAUCUGUAUUCAUUCCUCAUGGACCUGGAGCCGUUCAUGAUGUUGCCGCACAGAUUCGAGAUGGGUUGCUUCAGUCAUCUUCCCUCUAGAACUCUCUAAAUCUUUUGUAAGUCUUGCACCAGGUUAGAGAGUGAAAAAGACCUUUUGCUCCUUCUCCAGGAUUUCUCUGGUCUCUGGAAUGUUUUAAAAAAUUGAGUUCCACAAGUAAUACAUAAGCUUGCUAUAAACUUUAAUGUAAAA